AUGGUUCUAGAAACCCUAGCUCGACCAGUGGCAAAGGCAGGAGAAGCAGUCGUUCGAAUCCUCGUUGCAGAUAUCGUGCCAUACAUGGGUGAAGUCCUCAAUGGCUCUCGACCAUACCCUCUAUCCCUCCCAAUGACACCAGGCAACACAGCUAUCGGUCGGAUCGAAGAAGUCGGUCCCGACUCCGUUCAUCUCAAAAACGGCGACCUUGUAUUUUGUGAUAUUACAAUUCGUGCACGCGAUGACCCGUCCGUUUCCAUUCUAUUUGGCAUUCAUGGCGGUGGAUACCCGGCUGCUCAAAAAUUGAUGGAUGGGGAAUGGCGCCAUGCGACUUAUGCCGAGUAUACACGGUUCCCACUAGAGAAUCUAUAUCGCCUCAACGAAGCCAUUCUCCUCGACAAAUACAAGUUUACUCUUUCAGACCUUGCAAUGAUGCCGGUUUGCCUCGUCCCAUUCGGUGGAUUGUCUGAUAUCGACCUCAAACCGGGUGAAUUGGUUAUCGUAGCCCCUGCUACCGGUCGAUACGGAGGUGCUGCAGUUGCAGUGGCUCUCGCUAUGGGUGCGACUGUGGUCGCCGCUGGUCGUAAUAAAACUGCACUAAAGGCUCUGGAUGAGGUGCAUGGCCACACCGGUCGACUGAAAUUAGUGGCUCUCAACGAGAAUGUAGCUCAAAAUACAGAAAUGCUUAAAGCCGCGGCGGACGGGGCAGAUGCAUAUAUCGAUUUCUCUCCUCCAGCUGCACAAGGAAGCUCAUUGUUGACAUCGGCCAUCGGCGCACUGCGACCGUUUGGACGGUGUGUCAUUAUGGGGGGUAUGGGAGGUAAUAUUGAACUGAACUAUCUGGAUGUGAUGUUUCGAAGUCUUCGGAUUCAAGGGCGGUUUAUGUAUGAGCGGCGACAUAUCAUACAGCUGAUCAAAAUGAUUGAAUCGGGUUUGUUGUCCCUAGGAAAGAAAAUAGGAGUACACCAGGCGAAAGAAUUUGGAUUGGAGUCGAUUGAUGUAGCUCUCGAGGAGGCGGCGAAGCUCACGGGUUGGGGACCUCAUGUGGUAUUGAAGCCAUAG